GUUCGCUUGUGGCAUGUGCACUUUCCUGUAGUCUUGUUCGAAACUUGCUCUUGUUCCUUUACCAUUUCUUGUUCUUAUUUCCACCCAACCUUGUUAGCUAGACCAGUUUGCCCUUGUGUCAAUACAUUAUCUUCUAACUUAAACAUAAUAUUGCUGGUGUAUACAAAGAGACAUCCGACUUCUCAGACAAUGUCUCGUCCUGGCACCACGCUCUAUGUCACCGGUUUCGGGCACGGAACUCGAGCUCGCGACCUUGCCUACGAAUUCGAACGUUAUGGGCGCCUUGUCCGAUGUGACAUCCCAGCACCGCGUACUCCUUCCAGCAGACUGUUUGCCUUCGUGGAGUAUGAGAGUCGUCGUGAUGCCGACGAUGCAUACCAUGAAAUGCAUAACAAACGAAUUGGACGUGAUGAUUUAUUGAAAAUUGAAUGGGCUCGCACUCCACCAUCUGCUUCUUGGAGGUUUGAUUCUGGCCGGGACCGCCGGCGAGAUCGUACACCGCCACGCCGUGGUCGUUCACCGUCGCCUCGCCGUGCCCGUGGCGAUUAUUCUCCUCGUAGGGACGACAGGUACGAACGCGAUUACGACCGACAUGAUCGUGAUUAUGACCGGCGCGACCGGGAUUAUGACCGACGUGACCGUGACUAUGAUCGCCGUGACCGUGACCGCGAACGUUCCCGUGACCGUUCUCGUAGCCCUGAUGAGAGAGAGCGUGAUGUCAAAGAUGAUAGGGAACGCCGUGACGAUGAACGUGAGCGCCGUGACGAUGAGCGUGAGAAUGGCCCAAAUGGAGAAGAGAGAAAAGCUCUUCUAGACCCUUUAACUUCUGCCCAUGAUGAACUUGAUACUGCUGAGUAGGUUGCCUUCAUCCCAAAAACCGGUACUAGCACCCUGUCGGUGGUCAUGGUCUUAGCCGCCGAGGCCAAAGAGAAAAGAAAGACAAGAAAGACAAAGGAAAAGGAAGAAGAAUUCGAGAGGUGGAGAGAGCUAUUACCAGCUCUUGUUUUACAUUGAUGGUUCGGCCAUUAUAAGCAUAGUGGUUCCAUGCCAUGAGAUUGCACCGGUAUUUGAUCAGAUUCUGUCGUCUCCCUGCUUUUUGCUAUAUUGCCCCCCCCUCCCCCCCUCUCCCCUCUCCCUUCCCCCGUCUUCCUCUUUAAUGCCCUUAAUUCGUUUUACCGCAGUUUUUUCUUUUUCGUUAUCGGGAAACCGGAGGAGAUGGGAGACGAAUAAAGACGAGGACUUGGACCUAGUGCUGUGGUGAUGGAUCGAUCUUAUUGGGACCUUGACUUGAUCAAUCCACGUUGAAAUCUUUAUCAGCGGCUCGAAUUUUCACCGAACGCCCACCGAGCGAUCGUUUAUUCCCCCGUUCCGCCCACGCCAGUGUAUGUCG